AGCCUGACUUGUUGGCGCCAGAGGAAGUGGAUGUACUUGUGCGUGUAGUCUUAUGGAAAGCCAUCCACGACGACGACAGUGCUGAGACGGCGGCGAAGAUCUGCACCCGCGUCAUCAGGAGCUCCACUUUUUGGGCACCACUGGAGCCGAAGACUCAGAAGAAUGCCGGUCAGAUACUGAUCGCCUUCGUGAAAUUCAUGGCCGUGAUUCUGUCAGGCGUCCCUGAAAAUCCAGGAGCUGCAUCGAUGGGCUCGAUUCACUGCGGACACAUCUUCUCUAUGGCGGCGCUUCUGUGUGACUCCUGCAGGCUUGUCAUGAACUCGCCUCAGCCGGACUACGAAGCUAAGGUCGAGUGCCUCCGCAGAGCACUAACUACAGCCGGCGAAGCUGCGGAACGAGGUGCCCCUGCCCACAUGGCGGCACUAGUGUACUGCUUGCGGGACGCUUUCCUGUCGUCAGAUGUUCCCGAGAAAGCUCGCUUGACCCUACUCGAACUUCUAGAGCUGCGUGCUUCAGGCUGGAAACUAUCCCUGGAGCAGCAGCUUUACUAUACCAGCCUCGAAGACGCUGCCGGAAACGAAUAUGGCAAUAAGUAA